AUCCCUGGUAAAAAUCGGCAGCAGCGGUUACGCGACUUUAAAGUUGAGUUAAAGUUAAAUAAAAAUAGGAAAGAGCGCGUAGAAAAUGUUUCGGGUCGUGAAUAUAAGUCGACUGGCCAAUACCCUGCACUCCUGCCGAGCAGUCACACAAUGGGAACAGCCCUCAACUGUUCUACGGGGUUUGCAUGUAAGCGCCGCACGCCUGAAACGCCGCAAAACAGCAGAGGAGAAGAAAUCCCCCAGAAUUAUAGAGUACUCACCCAAAAAGGCGCAAACGGCAGGCGGCGGAGCAUCCGAUAUCUGGAGGCACAUGAGCGUGGCCCAAUUGGCCAAGGAACUGGAAAGACCACUGGAUGAUGUCCAGGAGGCCAUGCUGUAUGUCAAGGGCGCCGACAACAUUGAACCCGCCUUUAAGCUGGCAGAUCUAAAGAUCAUUCAGGAAAUUGCCAAAAAACUUGGCGCCAAAACCCGAGUGGUGGCCACACCCGAAGUAACAAGUGAAGAUGACCAGAAAGAGCGCGAUGUGACACCCAGACCUCCUGCUCCUCCAGAGCUCCUGCAACCACGACCACCCGUAGUCACCGUAAUGGGUCACGUGGAUCAUGGCAAAACCACGUUGCUAGAUUCCCUCAGAGGUGCGGAUGUGGCUGCCGGCGAGGCUGGUGGGAUAACCCAGCACAUAGGCGCCUUCACAGUUACCUUGGAAAACGGAGAACGGGUCACGUUUCUUGACACACCAGGACAUGCUGCCUUUAGCGCGAUGAGAGCUCGAGGAGCUGUGGCCACGGACAUCAUUGUCCUCGUGGUGGCCGCCGAAGAUGGCGUUAUGGCACAAACACGUGAGGUCAUCCAGCUGGCGAAAGAGGCUCAAGUUCCCAUCAUCGUAGCGCUCAACAAGAUCGAUAAACCAGAGGCUAAUAUUGAAAAGAGCAAGCGAGAACUAGCGCAAAUGGGGCUUGCCCUCGAGGAGCACGGUGGUGAUGUCCAAGUGAUUCCAAUCUCUGCCCUCAAGGGCACGAAUCUGCCACUUCUGGCCGAGGCGGUCAGCACACAGGCCACCCUCAUGGGACUGAAAUCGGAUCCCACAGGUCUGGUGGAGGGAAUUGUGGUGGAAUCAAAAACCGAUCCCCGGCGUGGCAAGCUCUCCACGGCCAUCGUUUCGCGUGGAACUCUCCGUAAAGGCUCCGUACUGCUAAGUGGCCUAGCUCACGCCAAGGUGCGGGGUCUCUUCGAUCACAAUGGGCAGCCUUUGAGUGAAGCUCCGCCAGGCACUCCAGUUGAGAUUCUAGGCUGGCGGGAACUGCCCCUUGCUGGUGAUCUCAUUCUCGAGGUGGAAACGGAGAAAAAAGCGCAUGCUGUUCUUAAGUAUCGCGAGCACGAGGACCAAAAGGAAAAGAUCGAGUCCAGCAGCGAUGAGAUCCGCAAAAAGGAGGAGGAGCACCAGGCCAAGUACCGGGCGGAGCGUGAAGCUCGCCGGCUGGCUGGACGCUUUCGGAUGCGCGGUGGCCAACGAGUCAAGCAGGUGGACGACAACGAGGGCAAGCCAAGAGUCAGUGUCAUUAUCAAGGGCGAUGUGCAUGGCUCUGUGGAGGCCAUUCUUGAUGUGCUGGAGACCUAUAACAGCAACGAGAGCUGCCGCCUAGACAUCGUGCACUAUGGCGUGGGCAACGUGACCGAGGGGGAUCUCGAGCUGGCCAAGGCUUUUGAUGCCAUUAUCUAUGCAUUUGCAGUCGAAUCACCUCAGGUGCAAGCUGCCAAAGAAGUGAACAUACGCAGCUACAACAUAAUCUACCGGCUAAUCGACGACUUGAAAGAGCAGCUGAGCAGCAAGUUGCCACCAGUGGAAGUGGAGGAGGUUCUGGGCGAGGCCAAUGUCCUGCAAAACUUCCUCAUCAAUGAGGGCCGUAAAGAGGUUCCCGUGGCGGGCUGUCGCUGCACCAAGGGAGUGCUAAAGAAGGCCCAAAAGUUCCGCCUGCUGCGUGAUGGAGAGGUUGUCUACAAUGGACCACUGGAGUCCAUGCGACAUCUGAAAAACGAGGUGGAUACCAUAAAGAAGGAUGUGGAGUGCGGCUUACGCUUUAAAGACACCAAGGUGCUGCCACAAGCCGGCGACAUACUGCAGUGCUAUACCACGAACAUGGAGGCUCAGCAAACGGACUGGGAUCCAGGUUUCUAGUUUGUAUGCGCGACUAAAUCUGCCUUGUUAUCGCCAUUGUAAUCUAUAGUUUUCUAUUAUAUACUGUUUAUAUAAAACAAUUCACUAUCCGA